ACUGCCCAUGACGGAUAGGUCAAAUCCAGGACCCCACGGACUGAGCAAAACGUGUCCCUUUCAUGUCUCUGAUCAGACCAUCACCCCCCUCAACAACACCAAGCACCUACUGGUGUCGGCCUUCAUGGACCAGAGGGUGAAAGGCUUUGAUAUACGCAUCAUUGGCAUCUUCAGGAAUGACUCCAUCCAACCCCUUCACUGUCGCUUCUGCUGUGAAGGUUUCUUGUCGAUCACAACUCCAGCAAACAUUUUACAACAUUCAAACAGAUUUGGAUUUCCCUUCGUCGCGACAGAUGUCAUGUGUCCAAUUCCUGAAAACUGCAAAGCUACACAUGUCACUCUUCUGACUCAGCCAGAGAGUGGGAUUGCACCUAAACAGAUUUGGCUCCCGAUAAGAAACAGAAAGACCAACAUGGACGAGGAGGAAAAGUUGCAGUUUAACUUCACAGUCUGCAUCUCCAACCUGUUUGGAGACUACAACAACGUGCUUCAGUUCGCCCAGGCCCUGGAGAUGUACAGGUUGCUGGGAGUGGGCAGAGUGGUGAUCUAUAACACCAGCUGUGGCCCAGAGCUUGAUCGUCUGUUGCAGGUCUACAGCCAGGACGGCUUCCUGGAGAUAGUUCAAUGGCCCAUCCACCAACAUCUGAUUCCAUCUACAGGUUGGCUCUUCUCAGAGCACGGAGGGGACGUGCACUACUUUGGCCAGUUAGCCACGCUCAAUGAGUGCAUUUACAGAUCCAUGGAGCGCUCACGCUACGUCUUGCUGAACGACAUCGAUGAGAUUAUAAUGCCUUACCAACACGACAACCUGAUGUCUAUGAUGAACAUGCUCCAAGAGCAGCAUCCAAAUGCCGGGGUGUUCAUCAUAGAGAACCAUUUCUUUCCCAAGAAACCCUUUGAGGGAGACAAAUCAGGUCCACUGCCUCAAUGGAGAGGGGUGCCAGGCUUUAAUAUUAUGGAGCACAUCUACAGGGAGGAGCCGGACAGAACCAAAUACCUACCCAACAAGUUGAUAGUUAAGCCAAGGGCGGUGGAGCAGACCUCGGUACACGAAGUGCUCAAGCAAUUCAACGAAACGUUCAAGGUUCCGAUGGAAGUUUGUCGGAUCGUCAACUGCCGAAUGACGUACCCAAAAUCACAGCUGGAGCAACUCCGUGUAGACACCCGAUUGUGGGACUUCUCAGAUGAACUAUUGACCAGCGCCAUGAAGAUGCUGAGGAGAGCCGGGCUGCUGAGCUCCGAGGUGGAGGGUCGACAGAUUGGAUAAACAGGCUGAGUGAAUGCACAUUCUCACCAGCUGGACAUAUUAAAAACAUUUGA